AGUCAAGUGCAGUAUAUCGCUUAUUCACUGUCAUACGGUUCAACAACUCUUCUUUACGAUUGUCACCGGCGCUCAGUUGAAAGGACAGAAAUACCUUAUAAUUAAGGAUAUCGUGUUUAAGCUUUGUUUCAACAACGUUCACAUAUUAUAAGUUGACGUUUUCAAAACCUCACCUGGACUUGUGUUACUACUGAACUGAGACGUCUUUAAACGAGGAUUAGUUAGCUUUAACGCUUAUGAUAAUAUUGAACGUUGUGCAAUGUGACUUUUCGAUCCGCGGUAUCUGUUUUUACGAAGCGAUUGAUUUCGUAUGAACUCAACUUGAAGGAGAUAUGAAUACAUUAUGAGUUUUAUUCAUUUUAUACUGAGAAAUAUUGAUAUGAGACUAUUGGUUUUAAUAUACUUGGCGAUAGUGUGGUGAUAAUGUCUCGUUUAUGGACAAAAUUACCGCGACGUGAUGUUCGGAAUAGUGUUCUUGCUGUUUUCAUUACUUCUGGACUUAUAUUCUUAAGUUACAUAACCAUUUCCAAAGACAAUGUCCAAAGUUCACGAUUUCCGUUGAAACACGAAGAGUCAUUUGCAACAAGUCCCCCAAUGCCAUUUAAAGAACAAAGACACGAAUCCAUGUACGACCGGGUGACUAGAGUGGCGAACAUUUGCAGAAAGCCUGAUACCAAAUACUACUUUAAGACGGCGCCAAUUACAGACUCUAGACACUUUCUAUACAAUAUAACAGGUGUUUGUUCAUGCACUGUGCCAAAGGCUGCCAGUACUUCGAUGAAGCGUUUACUUCUUAUGGCCGAAUUUCCGGAAAAAGCCGAUACAUUCUGGAACAUGCCGGGAAAUUUACUUCAUGCAUAUAAGCGGGAUACGGAAAGUUGCACUGAUAACCCAGGGUUCUCUUUUUUCGUAACGAGGAAUCCUUAUGAAAGGUUGUAUUCAGCGUAUAUUGACAAGAUAUUCCUUGAAAAGUUUGAAGAUGUCGCAGUGUUGCUUGAUGCUGUGUAUGUGAAAAAAGUGUAUAGCCAUCUUAUCACACGGACAACAUCAGCUUUGCUCGCCUAUACGCGAGCUCACGGAUACUAUUGCCAAGUUGCUAACGCUUCUUUUGAACAUUUUCUCAAUUUCGUCGCCAAUGCAAAGCAUAUUGAUCCGCAUUACUCGCCUGUUUCUCUUCUGUGCAACCCUUGUGCUCAUCCAGUGAACUACAUAUUUAAACAAGAAAAUCUGGAACGAGAGUCGGAAACCCUUGUUGAUUAUUUACGAGAAACGCUGCAAUCGAAUGCCACCUUCAAGGACAUGGAGUUGCAUUUGCCGAACUAUAUUGGUAACAGCGGCAUAUCUCAUCAUAUACAAACUUACCACGAUGUUUGGAAAAUGAGACUUAUGAGAAACCAUUGCAAGCUUAACACAGUAUCUUAUCGUGAGAUUUGGGAAAGGCUCUGGCAGAGCUUGAAAAUCAGCGGGAACAUCAAUGAAACGUUAGAAUUUAAGCCAAAACUUUUUCAAGGGAAAGGGAUUAUACUCAAGUCACCAGAACGGAUAAUAAAAGAUUUUAAAUUCGUUGAGGAAUUGCCUGUUUUAUCAAAAGAGGCUAGAGCGAGGCAAAGACGAAAGUUCUUGGUUGAAGCAUAUAGCAAAGUUUCGGCAUCGACUCUUAAGAAGAUUCAAAAACUGUUUCGACUGGACUUUGAAAUGUUCGGAUAUGACCUUCAACCGCCUAUUUAAUGCAUUUUAUUUCCUGUUGCUUAAGCGACUUUUAGACUAUUUGAUCUCGAUAUUUGAAUAUACUUAUUUGUCGUCAGCCCUUUUAUUUGAAAGAAAUAUUUUGCAAUUUUCCUUUAAUCGAAUUUUGUUCUUGUACUUCUUUGUUUACAUGAAUAAUUUAAAGCUGCACUCUCACAGAUUGGCCGUUUUGGCAACAUUGAAAUGAACCAAAUUUUGCGUAAAUGUCUGGACACUUGUGAUUUAAGACUGCUGACAAAAGAUCACUUCGCAGUCUUAAUAUUUAUGUUCGAAAUGAUGUUUUAUGGCUAAAAGCGUUAAUUAAGCUUCAAGAGAAAUGAAAUAUUUGACAGUUUUUCAAACAAAAAUACAUCAAAAAGUCAUAACUGUCAAUCUGUGAGAGUUGCAAGUAGCGUCUUGUAUCAAGACAAUUUCUGUGAUAUUAGUAAUCAUAAUUCCCUGUUCUUUUUGUAUUUUAUUGUGAUUUUCUUUCAUAAAAUACAGGUACAGUUUUAUAUAAGUACAGUCGAACCCCCGAUUGCUCGAACUCCUUGGGACCGGCUAAAAUACCUCGAGCCUCGGAAAGUUCGAGCCAAGCGGGAAAACUUACGUUCAGUGUAAAAUAGAUCGGUCAUUAUCAUUCGAUUCGAGCCAAUGAAUAAUUUGAGCCAAGCGAGUUCGAGCCAACAGGGUUCGACUGUAUCGGCAAUACUUAAUAGAAACGAAUGUGACUCAUGUUUGUUUAGUUAACUCACUUUUUCAGUGUGUGUAUACCACGUGAUAAAUAACGUCAUAUAUGCUACGUCGGAAGGCAACAUUUUGCUUAAAAUGAAGACUUAAAUCAAAGAUAACUUUUCUUUUACAACACCAUUUUAAAUUAAACAAAGGGCAGUAUAUGCCGCUUAAAGAGCCCGCAUUUGUUUUAUUACCGACAUUUGAUAAAGUCAUUAGUUUCAUCAAACACUUUUACAAACCUUUUUUCAAAAUCAUGUUUUGACAGUGCUCUGUCAGACAGCCGUAUUGUGAAAAGGUUUGUUGAAGUGUUUAAAGAAAUUAAACUCCCAAUCAAACUCAAGACCGUAGGCAGGAUUCCGUAAGCAGCGUAGACUGCGCUUUGUUUCAUUUAAAAUGGUGAAACAAUAGUGAAGUUAUCUUUGUUUAAAGUCUUUUUUUCAUAUCAAAAUAUUGCCUUCCGACGUAGCAUUUAUGACGUAAUUUAUCACGUGGUAUACACUCACUGUUAUUGUUUGUCGGUUUUCGUGUUUAAUCUGUAGGCGCAUUAUUGGAUCACACUUUGCGAUCUCACGGUCGAUCUCUAACUGGACAAUUGUUUAUCCGAUCUUUAUCAAAUCUGAUAGCAUCGUUUAUUGGCAUUAUAUUGAGGACAAGUUGGAUAACCAGCGUGAGAGCUUGGGUCAUCCAAGCAUCACGGUCAUGCAAUGGUCUUUUUUGACGAAAUCGGUAUUUUCUGCUCGCCGACUUGGCACUUUUAUUUAAUAUUUACCAAACGUGUUCACAUGUACAAAUUUGACAACCUGUCUUAUCGCAUAAGUAACUCAUGAGUUAUGAAUUGACCUUGUCUAGUUUCUUGAAUGUUUUCUUAAUCUUUAUAAUUGCUUAUCUUGUCGGCACACUAUAUCAGACAUGUUCGAAACGUGACUCCAAAGUAACAGCUAUUUAGUUGUCAGAAAUUCACGAAAUUGACACGUUGGUUGUUUAACCAUCUUUCAUCCAAUCUUUACCAAAGUUUGUUACAUUGUUUAUUCGUUUACUUCUUGAAUAGUUUUGAUAAUUGAUCAAUAAAGUAAUCACGAGGUGCUCUUUAUACAAUUUUUUAUUAUUUUUAUUUUUGUUUUAUUAUUAAAUUUGUCCGAAGACACACAACAUAAAGAUGACACAUCUGAACUGCCAAUGUGUGUGCAGAUAUUAACUGAUUUUUGCAUUUAGUAUUUAUCAAUAUAUUAUCUUCACUAUAUUAGUGCAAUAUCUUAUUGUGAACACAUUUUUACGUGUUCACUAUUAUAACAGUUUUUUCAUGGAUGAAAAGGUAGUACCGUAUUCCUUUUUCGAAUUAGUAAUAAAUAACUAAUUUCAUAUUCCUUAUUCAAACUGUAGUAUUGCAGAUAGGCUUAAAAUCACGUCUUUUAUGUGCUUCGUCUUUCCAUACGAAUAAAGUAACUUUGUGAAAUGAAACAUUGCACAAAAAUAGAAAAAAUCGGAAAAGGAAUAGGGAACAGGUUUAUGAUUCCUUUUUCCGAAAAUGGAAUAAGGAAUAAGGAACUAACUUAUCACCCACCACUGUAUUACUGUUGUCGUCUUCCAUAUUUCUAUGUAUAAACAAGUAUUGUUGCAAUUUAUUAUUAAGCUAAGUGCAAUAUUUUUGCAUUAUUAUGUACGUAUACAGUUAUAUCACGACCCCAACAUUGAAUGACGGAACGUCAUUGGUCCAGGAUUGGUCACGCGGUGACCCCAUAUCUUGCCAAAUUGGGUCAUUAAUCUUUAUAUCGUACCAAAGUGUAGUCCAUUUUCGGAUCCCGAUGAAUAAACGAAACAUUUCCCGGAUAUUGUUGGCGUUUUGGUCAACGUAGUCAGGUUGUCGACGUGAUAUAUACGUUACGGGGUUAGCAGGUGACCCGAUGUGGGAUAUAUGUGGCGCAGGUAACCAUAUAUAGAUUCGAGCUUCGCUCUCACACGAUAUGGCUUCCUUUGCUCCGUAUACCCCAUAUUGAGUCACAUAAAAACGCCUUAACUUACAAUAUUUCGGCACGUAUUUCAGGCUUUAACCAGUAAGACAUGCUACCUCGGACACAAUCAUCUUCCAUUAGUUAUUCAAAUUUCACUAUCAGAAUAAAUUGAUACAUUAUCAAA